AUAGUAGUCCGUUGGAUGAAGAAAUACGAUGGCGGUUCCACAACUACCCCAUGAUCCGAAGACCAGAUCUGCUUCCUCCACCGUCCCAUUUCUCGCCCUCUCUCCCCUCUUUCGUCGACAGAGAAUCCAAUACGGAAGAAAGGACAUGGUUUCAUCUCUCUCCCCUCUUUUCUUCUUCCUGCUCCUCCUCCAGCAUUCCUCCUCCGAUCUCGUCGUCAACCCCUCCAAAUCCAGGAUGCUCUCGUGGAAGCCCAGAGCUUUCGUAUACGAAGGCUUCUUGACCGAGGAAGAGUGCGAUCACCUGAUAUCUCUCGCGAGAUCGGAGCUCAAGAGGUCGGCGGUGGCGGAUAAUUUGUCAGGGAAAAGCACGUUGAGCGAAGUCCGCACUAGCUCCGGGAUGUUCAUCAGAAAGGGAAAGGAUCCAAUCGUUUCAGGUAUAGAGGAUAAAAUUGCAGCAUGGACAUUUCUUCCUAAAGAAAAUGGAGAGGACAUACAAGUUUUACGGUAUGAACAGGGACAGAAGUAUGAACCCCAUUUUGAUUACUUUUCGGACAAAGUUAAUAUUGUUCGUGGUGGUCAUCGAAUAGCUACUGUACUCAUGUAUCUCUCAGAUGUGGCCAAAGGUGGGGAAACUGUGUUUCCUUCAGCUCAGGAGCUGUCGCAACGUGGAGCACAUGUUAAGGAUGAUGACUUAUCAGAGUGUGGACGGCGAGGGGUUGCAGUUAAGCCAAAGAGAGGGGAUGCGCUUCUAUUCUUCAGCCUUCAUCCAGAUGCUACUACCGAUCCACUUAGCCUCCAUGCAGGAUGUCCCGUAAUAGAAGGCGAGAAAUGGUCAGCUACAAAAUGGAUUCAUGUGGCCUCCUUUGACAAAAUCAUCACUAGCCAAGGAAAUUGCACUGACGAGAACAACAACUGCGCGAGGUGGGCUGCGCUUGGAGAAUGCACAAAGAAUCCGGAGUACAUGGUCGGAACAUCAGAAUUGCCUGGCUUUUGCAGGAUGAGCUGCAAUGUUUGUUAGAAUUCCUAUUUCUUAUCUUUUCAUCUUUGUUUUGGUCCAGUCUUUGAACAACUUUUCAUGCUUACCGAGAGUUUUGUUGCUCAUUCAUAUGUUCCCAAAUUCUGUUUGUACUCUGUAUUUUUCAUUGGAGCAUCGAGCUCUCACAAAAUAUAUUUGUCAAUUUUGGAAAUACGAAGGAAAAUUUUAUAGUAA